UGUCGUCUACAACGAUAAACACGACAUGCAUACACUUGUCUUUCUCAUACAUGUAGCAGUGGGAUUGAUUUCGUCAUCUGGAUACCAAAUCAUAUCUCAGAAUAAGGAGACCGAUCAGGCUAAGGAGGUACCAAAAUGCCAAGAAACUGGAACAUGUCAGCAGUAUCAAUCCAGUCGUGCAGUGGAUGGAUACAUUAACAGGUGUACAAGGACAGCACCUAUUGGGACACUAGCCCCAGAUAAAUGGACAUGGUGGUAUGUUGACCUUGAGAAAGUACUCAGCAUCUACAGCAUAGAAAUACAAUUCAAAGGCUAUGGAGAACAAAAUGGUUGUAGAGAAUCGGGUGUGUAUGGGUAUAACUGUGAUGUACCUUGUCCAAACAACUGUCAGGAAUUGAGAUGUGACAUUGUCAACGGAACGUGUUUGGGUUGUACUGCAGGAUGGGUGGGAGAAUUUUGUAAUGAAUCAUGCCCAGCUGGAUAUUACGGUCUACGGUGUGGAUCAACAUGUACUGGACACUGCAGUGACAACCUGUCAUGUAAUCACAUCACUGGACAAUGUGACUAUGGAUGUGGUAAUGGAUGGACAGGAACACAUUGUAACACACUGGGCAGUGUCUGAGUUACCGCCCCUGUAACAGAACAACAGGAAGAUGUGACGGAGGCUGUAAUCCAGGAUAUACCGGGGAACUCUGUGACAAAGAGUGUCCUCCAGAAACAUAUGGGCCAAAUUGUCUGUAUAUCUGUGGUGAACGUUGUCUUAGUGACUUACCUUGUAACAGAACAACGGGGAUACGUGACGGUUACUGUAAUGCAGGAUAUACCGGGG